AGCCACAUAAACCGGUUGAGAUUUCAAUGCACGAUUUUCUCGUGAUUUCAUGGAAAACACAGAAAAUAUUUGACGAGGCAUGUAGGUCAUUGUUUUACACUCACAGUGAAGUUAAGAUCUUAGACUAAAUACGAAAAAUCAUGGAUAUUUCUGGCUUUUUACUAUUUCUUGGCAUGACGGUGAUGCAAUUCAGCGAAGUGUCUUCCGUCACAUUGUCAUAUAAAUGUUUUCCAAACAACACAAUCUUAGUAUCCGGACUACCAACUGAUUCUGCGGCGUUGCAUUAUUUUGCCAUUCAAGAAGCUGAUGGAACAAACUGUAAUGUGACUGGGAGCAUUCCUGAUGGAACAGCCCUAGUUUCUGCCUGUAAUAAGGACGAGCCUAUUUACUUUUCAUACGGAUCAUAUAGUGGCAUGGCGGAAAGCCAAAUAUAUGGUGGACAACAAGUUACUACUAUUAACAUUACUUGUAUUGAAAUCAGUGACAGUGGUGUAGCUAAAACCAUCAGCAAUAACUUUUCAGCCGCAAUACAAUUUCAAGACGAACAAACUCUUUCUCCCGAAUAUGACAUCAUAUCCACGUUGAACCCGACGUCAGCACUUGUUGGACAGGAUGUUACUUGGACAAUAAUAUACCCAGCAUCUUACAAGAUACAGAUAACAACUUGCACGGCUUAUCCUGGUACAGCUGUUCACGCUUCCGAAUCCAUUGAACUGAUUUCAACAUGGUGCUCUAGUAUAAGUGAACUUAUUACUAAUUUCGUCUCAAACGGUAACAACACGAAUGCCGUAGCAACAAUGAAUGCCUUCAAAUUUUAUGGCUAUGACUAUAUGUUUCUGAUGUGCGAUGUCCUUGUUUGUCCCCCGGGAUCAAGUUCAUGCACAACAUCAUGUAGCCAAGGAAGAAGAAAGAGAAGUGAGAUUGAACAUCAUGGUGAAUACAUAAAAACCAUCAGUAGUGUUUUACAUCUUGCAGACACAAAGUCUGCUGCUUCAGUAAUAAUUUCCGGGUCUUUCGUAUCAUUUCUUCUUGCGAUCCUUCACUUAUUGUUUUGAAAUCUUGCUGGACGCGUGAAAUAUGUGAACAAAAAACGAAGCAAUUACAUUAUUUAAUGGAAUUGUUGUGAAUGUAACCAUGCUAUCAGAUAAUUAAAGAAGAUGUUAAAACAAUAUUAUUGUUGUCAGAUUUUCAGUGUCGUUUUGGAAAUAAAAAUAUAGCAUAGAAAUAUAA